CGUCACUUUUACAAUUAAGAUGGAUACUGAAAACAACAAAGAAACGAAGAAGAAAUUGAAAAAGAAACGCAAAAGAACAGUCAUAACGGCAGAAGAGAUGGUAAUUCUUGAAAGCAGCUUUAAAAUGGAAAACAGACCUGACAGACUGUCGAAGAUGCGACUCGCAAAACAGAUGGGAAAGACUGAGGGCUUUAUUUCAAUUUGGUUCCAGAACCGCAGAGCCCGUGAACGUCGUGAGAAAAAGUUGUCAGUCUCAGGUAACUCCGGCGAUGAUUCUCAUGAACCAGUAUCGUUCCGGACAGCCAGUUCGUGUCAAACAACUGAAAAGGGGGACUCGGAAGACCAGCCACUAGAUUUGACCAAAAAGACGAGCGCUUUUGCAGAGACAAAAGAAACUAGGACGGAGAUGCCAGUUGUCCGGUCUCCAAUGUUCAGCCGACUAAUCCGUAUGGCGGCCGCAGCAGAAGGCGGGAUUCUUACGACAGACUGUCCAUUUGUUGGUCAAGCGGUAACUGAUGCAUGCCGGGGGAUUCUUCUGCAAGACGGACGCUUGUUGUACGAUCCUGCUAGCGGCUUUGAGAUUGUACUACAUCAGAAAGACUGACGAGUGUGCUUAAAUAUGCCUAUUGACUUUUACUUGAACGAUCUCAUUUUAUAACUUUUAAUUUGGAAAAUUAUACCUCUCGAUUCUAGACAUAAAAUGUAUAAAGUUACAUCAGUAAAAUAUAUGUUUAAAUUUCAACUGCUUUUGAAUGGAUGUGUCUAACUUUUGAAAGACUGCAUGUAUGCAGUUCUUUGUAGCUAGCCUUUGUGUACACACUCUUGAUUUUCUCAUUUGAGACUUAAAUUUGGCAGAAAAGUUGUGCAAGCAUACAGUCAUAGAAUAGCAAAUUGGCGGAUUUAAAUAAUUCUCGGAGCUAUUUUAAAAUUUUGUGUAAUAGGGCCGUUUUUAUCAGUGCAUUACGUGUGGAAUUUGGAAAUAGACAUUUUCAAUAAUAUCAUUUCUGUGUGCUCUGUCGGUGCCAAAUUAACACAGAUUAUCAAGCAACUUCA